AUGAUACGAUGGCUUACGCCCAUUUUACUUGCACAAACAGCGUACGUCGCGGAGCAGACCGCGCAGGUCCAUGGGGUCCUCGGAGGAUCGAUCCGGCUCUCCCCUGCGCUCCCUGAUGGGUUUAGAACCCGAGACGUCUUCUGGAAACAUUUGUCGCGGAGCGACGAGCUGGUGGCCUCUUUUUCCAGAGGGUUCUCGGAAACCACAUACAGGUCCCGGUUCUUCGGGAGAGUCCAGCUCGGAAGUGACUUUACGCUACAGAUCGGCGGCCUGGAACCGGGGGAUAGCGGGAUGUUCAGCUGUCACCUCGUGGACACAGAAGGACACAUGGCUCUAUUCCAGUUCCAUCUCACCGUCUACGAAGCGGUGGCCCCCCCGUUAAUCCAGGUGUUUGUAUUGAGAGGACGCGCGGAGGCGACGGGGUGCUCGGUGCUCCUGAGCUGUAACACCACCGCGGGGAGCGACGUCUCCUACACCUGGACGGCUAACAGCGGGCGGGGGGACCCCCUGAACACGACGUACACCCUGUACGACGGGGGCCGUCUGCUCAGAACCAGCCUGGAGCCUGGGGACUCGGACGCGUCGUACACCUGCACGGCAUCCAACGCCGUCAGCCAAGGGCACGAAGCCGUGGUUCCGUGGCACGGCUGCUCCGGUCAGUGGCGGGGCUAUUACAACAAAUCCCCUCCAUGGCGGGGUAAACAGCCCUAA